CGUAUAUGUAGGGAUGUAUGUACCUACGUACAUGCAUUCACUGCACGCACGCGCGUGUGUAUAUGUGUGUAUGCAACAACAGUAACAAAAAAAAAAAAAAUUGCGGCCUGACACCAUCCCAAAGUAAGCAACAUGACGCACCCCGAGACGGCGAAGGCAGGACAUGUUCACGCCGUGCUCGCUAAAGGGCGGGUAUCUACCGUUACCGGACCUAAAGGGAGGCAGGCACUUACUGGUAGGUACUUCACCUUUGCAGACCAACUAUUACCCCUUUUCCUGCUGCUGCUGCUACUCCCACUACUACUCCUGCUCCGGAAUACUUUGGAGGUAAGAUAGAUAGGUGGCUCCGACACGUCAUAUGUAUUGUUGUUGUUGUUGAAGGGUGG